AUGGACGUGAAAAACCUUUCCAGCAAUUGGAAGAAACUCCAGGAGACGCUGAAAAAGAACCCCAUCUCCAGCUCCUCUACGAAACGCAAGACAUCGGGUCGGGAAGGUCAAAAUGGUGUGGUAAAGAAGCGAAAAACGGAAACAGUCGAAGGGAAAACUAAAUCUGAACAAUCUCAUAUAUCGAAAAAGAGGAAGAGAAUGGCCGACAACGCUGCUGAGGGGGGCAAGGAUGACGUACAGGAAACCGUCUUGAAAUCCAUCACCCGGAAGAAUUCUACUGCCUCGCUUGCGCCGCGACCUGACGUGAAGAUUUCGAAGGCCAAUGAGGGCCGGUCACCGACUGCGGAACUAGGUAAAUAUGUUGCGAUGGACUGCGAGAUGGUGGGAGUCGGCCCUAACCCCGAUAACGACUCGGCUCUUGCGCGUGUCAGUAUCGUCAACUUCAACGGCGAACAAGUGUAUGACUCCUUUGUACGACCGAAGGAAAUGGUCACGGAUUGGCGAACGCAUGUGAGCGGCAUAUUACCGAAGCAUAUGGUGGAAGCCCGGUCCCUCGAACAAGUUCAAAAAGAUGUCGCAGAGAUUAUGGAUGGACGAAUACUCGUUGGGCAUGCCUUGCGGAACGAUCUGGAUGCACUCCUUCUGAGCCAUCCCAAGCGCGACAUUAGAGACACUAGCAAACACCCACCAUAUCGGAAGAUUGCCGGAGGCGGUUCUCCCCGCUUGAAAAUGCUGGCUUCAGAAUUUUUAGGGCUGGAUAUCCAGAGCGGCGCUCAUUCUAGUGUGGAGGAUGCUAAGGCUACAAUGCUUUUAUACCGGCGAGAUAAAGAUGAAUUCGAGAAGGAACACCUGAAGAAAUGGCCGGUACGAGUGGUGGUUGAGAAGGAGGAUGGAGAUGACCAGAAGAAGAAGAAAAAGAAGAAGAAGAAGACGCGCAAGAGGUGA